CAAUACGUGAUCACGUGAUUUUAAAGCCUGAAAUCCCACAAUUCUUAGCUUUACAGAAAGGCUUCCGGCGUUCCUGAAUCUUAGCUUCUUGGCUAAGGCUAUGCUCACUUUUUGCGACAGAAAUGUCGUUUAAGAGGGAAGGAGAUGAUCCAAGUCAGCUGAACAUCCUUAAGAAACGGCGCGUUGCAGAUCUUCUGUCAAAUUUUAUCCCUGAGGACGAAGCUGCCUUGAUGAAAAAUGGCAGAUACACGUGUCUGGUGUGCUCCUACCGGCCCGUGUUCGACACCCUGGAUAUGCUGGCUCUGCACCGCCAGGGAAAGAGACACCUCGAAGGGUUGAAGUGGUUUUAUGGGAAGAAAGCAAGGUUUCAGAAUGAAGUUGAGAAACGCCGACAUCAGGACUACAUCCAGGCUGAGGAGCACAGGGAGGAAAAUGCUAAUCCUGCUCCUCUGCUCACAGAAACUAGAAAAAUCACCCAUCAUGCAUUGCUGAAAUCAACACCCUAUAACAGUUGUCAUAAGACCAGUAUAAGUACCAGGUCUGAAAAGGGAUCAACAAGUAUUGGUCCCAUUUGCAAAAGGCCUUCACUGUUGUACCAGAAUCCAUCUGAUGAAGCAGCUGGGGGGUCAAGUACAGAAAGAACCACACUUCUUCAAAACAGCAACACAACAGCAGUCCAGCAGAGACAACCUCUGCCUAAGAAAAAGAAGAUGAUGUUGGACAGAGGAAAGACCCAUCACGCUGCACAAUCUGAGCCAAAUUCUUUAACGGCAGAGCGACGUCGUGAGCUGGAGCACUACCUCAGACUAAAAAGCUCAGGAUGGCUGCAGGACAAGAGUGGGAACUGGAUAAAGGAUGAGAAUGUGGAAUUUGACUCAGAUGAGGACCAGCCUGCUCCUCUGCCCCCCUAGUGCAGCGCAGGAGAAACUUUGACCUCUUUCACUUCCCCAAGAAAUAUUCCCGACAGCUGUUUUCCUGACCUAACUCUGGCAGAGAGCAGUUUGAGCAGAUUUUAAACCUGGCCACCUCCAUUAAGGUUGUUACCUGAAGGAGGGACGGCUAGUCACUCUCGGGAUAACAUGUAUUUCUGUCUGCAGCCCUGGAAGGAGAGCUACCUGCCCUGUAUUAUGACAUGGCCUCAGGCAGCUCAUCAUAACUCAGCACUGGAGUAUAUUAGCACUUGUGGGUGUGCUGUGGCCACUGCCUGGAAGUUUUUUUUUUUUUUUUUUUUUUUUUCCCCCCCCCCCCUU